CUGCGGCCUCUCUGCUCAGCGGCCUCAGAGCCAGCUCUGGCUGUGCUGAGAUGGGGCUGCCCUGGCCAGGGCUGUGGCUGAAGAGGCUCUGGGUGCUCUUGCAGGUGGCCCUACAUGUGGCCGUGGGCAAAAUACAACUGAUACUCUGUCCCAGGAGAGUCAAGCAGCACAUCAUGGCCAUGAACCGGAAGAACCCCACUUUUUCCUAUGACAACUGGGUCCCAACCCUCUUCAGCACCCAGUAUUUCUGGUUCAUCCUGAAGGUCCGUUGGCAGCGACUGGAGGACACGACUGAGGAAGGGGGUCUGGCCCCAAACUGCCCCGUGGUGUGCCUCUCAGGACGGAGUUGCAACAUUUGGGACUUCAUGCAAGACAACCGGCCAUUGGUGCUGAAUUUUGGAAGUUGUACCUGACCUUCAUUUCUUCUCAAAUUGGACCAAUUCAAGAGACUGAUUGAAGACUUUAGUUCCAUAGCAGAUUUUCUCAUCAUUUACAUUGAAGAAGCACACGCAUCAGAUGGCUGGGCUUUUAAGAACAACGUGAACAUCAGGACUCACCGGAACCUCCAGGACCGCCUGCAGGCAGCCCACCUGCUGUUGGACAGGCGCCCCCAGUGCCCUGUGGUGGUGGAUACAAUGAAGAACCAGAGUAGCCAGCUCUACGCGGCGCUGCCUGAGAGGCUCUACGUGCUCCAGGAGGGCAGGAUCCUCUACAAGGGUAAAUCUGGCCCUUGGAACUAUCACCCAGAGGAAGUUCGUGCUGUUCUGGAAAAGCUCCACAGUUAAUCUGGACAGAUCCCCCAGCUCCAAGUGACCCACAGGGUGCUGCACAAGGCUUGGCUGUCCCCACAACCAGCUGGCUUUUAUCUCUUGACAGUGGAGUCCCAGGCUCAGAUAGUUCCGAUCUAAGCAAACAAUUGUUAUAAUCAAAAUGAUGCAACAAGUAAGCUGAGUGUUAGGGAAUGGACAACUCCACACUGCCUCCACUGUGGAGACCACUUUCAUUGCAUGACGUCUCAGAGUGUGCGACAGUCACAUUCCACGGGCGUCCUUCUGAGGUGUGCUCUCUCUCUCUAGCCACUCUAGCCCUUAGAUACAGCAUCCCUUAUAGGAGGUAAAUGCAUUUUACCAAAUUUGCCAUUUAUGGAAUUGAUCAUUAAGGCACUAAACUGGCUUUUAGAGCCAAAGAUGGGAGGACUCCAGGUAUUUAGAGAGAGAAGAAGAAUUGGAAGGGAGGGAGUAAGGAUGGGAGGAGACAGGAAAGAUAGUAAUCCUUUCCUUGCCAAAAGACUGAAACCAGACAGUGGUGGUGGUGGUGGUGGUGGUGAGGGAUGAGUUUCCAUGGUAACAUAUCUCCAAUUCCAUCACAAAGGAGGAGGGUAUUCACUUUACCAUCUUUGAAUAUAUUUCAUAGAAAUCUGGCUCUCUAUACCCUGGACUCUUCCACUACCUUUACUUACUCGUAUCAACAGACUCACUUGAGGGGGAGGAGUGGCUUCCCCCAAAAUUAUAACCUUGACCAAACUGGACAAUAGGCCCCAGCAAAGCUGUCAUCCAGUUAUGCAAAAGCUCAUAUUUGAAAUUCAGUUUCUCUUAUUUGUUUUGUUUUUUUUCAAGUCUCUUAAUGGUCAUUUGUGUUAAAUUAUAUCAGACUAAUGGAUUACCAUUGCUAUUCAUUUGUUUUAACUCUGCUUCUUUUCAUAUUUGUUGAUGACGGCCACAGCCUAAAGUACACACAGCUGUGACUUGACUUGAAAAAAAUAUUUUAAGAGGCAGCAAACUAAUACAGAAUGAUUAAAAUAUAUCAGCCUAUUGGG